AUGCGCGCCCAAUACUCCCCCACAAGCACCUUACUCGACUUUGAUAGGGAGGUCCAAGCUCUGUCUACGCUGUCUCAAGACGGUCUGUUGAUUGACCUCGAGCGUCUCUCCUCGUUGCCGGACAUGGCCAUCAUGAGGCCCGCGGGUUGUAAAGCGAAGGACCUGGACGCCCCCGUGCCUGGCAGCGCCGCCUGUGGCCCGUUGGAACCGCCGCUCCUGGUGGGCCUGACGGAGAUCCCUGUCAGUGCCUCGUCGAGCAUGCAUGCAGUUGGGAUCCAACCCACCUUAGGCUUUGCCAGUGCCCCUCCGGACGUCACGUCCUUCUUGGCACCCGACAACUAUUUAUCAGACCAGCGGGACUCUCCCGUCAGCGACGCCGUGGGUUCUCUUUACGCGUGGUCCAAUGCCUCUGGUGCGGAGAUGAUGGGACCGUCUGCUCCGUCCAUGGACCCUGCUAUCGCUUCCGCCACCGCUUCGCCCUUUAUGCAGUCGUACUAUACCUACGGGCCUUCUCAGCCCGCGGUUCACCCACAGCUUCACGCUGUGUCUGGUUACACACCGCAGCAGAUCAACAAGUGGUGCAUGGAGAGUGACCCGACCGGCGGGCUCUUCCAGUCGACCACCUCCUACCCAGCAAUCAGCCCACUCGCCUUUCCGUCGACCGAGCUCCCCCAAACCAUCUACCCAGCGUUCACCGAGAACAUGAGCACCGCCGCGGAGCAAUGGUUCUCUCCUCUUCCCGCCUUUGGCGGCCCUUCUUCGGCCUCCUCCCACACCGGCCCCAUGCACGACAGCAGCUUCCUCUCUCCCUCUCUCGACUCCUGCUCCGCCAUGAGCACCUCGCCCGCCCCGACCGUCCUCUCCGACUUUGAAUCCUCCUCCUCCCGCCACCCCUCCUCGCCCCCCUUCAACCCCGCCGACCUGACGCGCUACGGGAUUCCCGCCGGCGACGGCGUCUGGCGCUGUGCCCACCCGGGUUGCACCUCGCAGGCGCUCUUCCGGCGAGGCUGUGACCUCCGGAAGCACUUCAACCGCCACCGCAAGCACCUCUUCUGCCGGCACGAGGGUUGCCCGCAAUCCAAGCAGGGCGGGUUCUCCAGCAAGAAGGACCGUGCUCGCCACGAGGCGAAGCAUAACCCGGGCAUUGUUUGUGAGUGGGACGGGUGCGGGCGGGUCUUCAGCCGCGUGGAUAACAUGAAAGAUCAUGUGCGGCGCAUUCAUCAGCGCGGUGGUAGUCGCUGA